AAAGAGAAAUUGGAAAGCAAAAAUGAGUCUGGCGGUUAACAGUUUCAAUGUGGGGAGAAGGCAUGAAAAUUGGUAAGUUAGAGUUUGAGGAAGAAGAAGAAACCCAUGUCACUGCAGGCUCUGAAGGAGACUCUGAGACCUUGCACAAACCAACAACCUUCUGCCUCUUCCUCAAUUACCCAAACACACUCCAAUUCAAUUCUCCGUGAUUCCGAGUCUCUCUUCCCAAUCCCAAUCUCUAGAAAACCCCCUAAAUCCUCUCUUUCCCACCAGCUUCGCCGCCUUCAAGACCUUCCAAUUCAACUCCACAACCCACAAACUCUAAUCCACUCCAAAAAAGAAGAAGACCAACCAGAGAUAAAGAGAGCGAAAUUCUCUACACCCAAAUUGUCCCCGUUUCAAUUUGAUCACACUGGACCCUUUGAGCCUCUCGUCCUGUCUUCACACGAAGAACUUCCUGUGGUUCAGGUUCCUGCAUCUAUAAACUGUAGACUGCUUGAACAUCAAAGAGAGGGGGUGAAGUUUUUGUUUGGUUUGUACAAGAAUAAUCAUGGAGGCGUACUUGGAGAUGACAUGGGGCUUGGAAAAACCAUUCAGGCAAUAGCAUUUCUUGCUGCCGUCUUUGGUAAAGAAGGACAGUCAAUUUUAAAUGAAAUCCGGGUAGAGAAAAGAGACCCUGUAUUAAUAAUUUGCCCAACUUCUGUUAUUCACAACUGGGAGAGCGAAUUCUCUAAGUGGGCUAAUUUCAGUGUUUCUAUUUACCAUGGUGCAAACCGGGAACUGAUAUAUGAUAAGUUGGAAGCAAAUGGAGUGGAGAUACUUAUUACCAGUUUUGACACUUACAGGAUUCAUGGAAGUUCCUUGUCAGAUAUCAAUUGGAACAUUGUGAUUAUUGAUGAGGCUCAUCGACUUAAGAAUGAGAAAUCAAAACUAUAUAAAGCAUGUUUACAAAUUAAAACGCUGAGACGCUAUGGUCUUACUGGGACUAUAAUGCAAAAUAAGAUUAUGGAAUUGUUCAAUCUCUUUGACUGGGUUGCACCUGGAUCCCUGGGAACCCGAGAACACUUUCGUGAGUUCUAUGAUGAACCCCUUAAGCAUGGUCAGAGGUCAACUGCUCCUGAUAGGUUUGUCCAAAUCGCUAAUAAGAGAAAACAACACCUUGUGGUUGUUCUUCAUAAAUAUCUGUUGAGAAGGACAAAGGAAGAAACCAUUGGGCAUCUUAUGAUGGGGAAGGAAGAUAACAUUGUGUUCUGUGCAAUGAGUGAUUUGCAGAAACGUGUUUACAGGAGAAUGUUACAGCUUCCUGACAUUCAAUGUCUUAUAAAUAAGGAUCUGCCUUGUGGUUGUGGUAGUCCUCUUACUCAAGUUGAAUGUUGUAAGAGGAUAGUACCAGAUGGAGUUAUUUGGCCUUACCUACACAGAGAUAACCCUGAUGGUUGUGAUUCAUGCCCCUUUUGCCUUGUCCUUCCUUGUCUUGUCAAGCUCCAACAGAUAAGCAAUCACCUUGAGCUGAUUAAGCCAAACCCCAAAGAUGACCCUGACAAACAAAGUAAGGAUGCAGAGUUUGCUGCCGCUGUCUUUGGCCCUGAUAUUGAUUUAGUGGGAGGGAACACACAGAAUGAAAGUUUCAUGGGUCUAAGUGAUGUGAAACACUGCGGCAAAAUGAGAGCACUUGAAAAACUCUUCUUGUCAUGGAUUUCACAUGGUGACAAAGUUCUUUUGUUUAGCUACUCUGUAAGGAUGCUGGACAUACUAGAGAAAUUUCUCAUACGAAAGGGUUACUGCUUCUCAAGACUUGAUGGGUCCACUCCGACUAAUUUUCGUCAAUCUCUGGUUGAUGAUUUCAACUCAAGUCCAAGCAAACAAGUUUUCUUGAUAUCAACUCGUGCUGGUGGGCUUGGAUUGAACCUUGUCAGUGCAAACCGAGUUGUAAUAUUUGAUCCCAACUGGAAUCCUGCACAAGACUUACAGGCUCAGGACAGGUCCUUUCGUUUUGGACAAAAGCGGCACGUUGUGGUGUUCCGUCUUCUUGCAGCUGGUUCACUUGAAGAACUUGUUUACUCUCGUCAGGUGUACAAACAGCAGCUCUCAAACAUUGCUGUGUCUGGAAAGAUGGAAAAGCGGUAUUUUGAAGGUGUCCAGGACUGCAAGGAAUUUCGAGGAGAACUUUUUGGGAUUUCCAAUUUAUUUCGAGAUUUAUCUGAUAAGCUAUUUACCAGUGAGAUCAUUGAAUUGCAUAAAGAACAUGGAAAUGAAACACAACAGGAAAAAAUAAAUAUUCCAGAAGAAACAGGUUCGUUGGUAUCAGAGUCAGAAACCGGAUUAUGUAAUGAAUCUCUGAGGACUGCAACAAGUAAACCGUAUCUUGAAGACCUUGGCAUUGUUUAUGCUCAUCGCAAUGAAGACAUAAUCAACUUCGGGCCAGGGGUUCAAGGGAAUAUAAAUGCCAACAUUCCUUCAAAUGAUAGCCUAAACAAGCCAAGCAUCUCUUUAGAACACCAAAGAAGAAAACCAGAUUGUGUACCUACAAAACAGAGUGUUCCUUUGAUUGAUGAGAGGAAGAGAACCCAAUAUAGCCUCAUUGCUCAGUCUAUGGGCAUGGGAGAACUUACAUUUAGCAAAUGGUUACUAUCGGCGACUCCACUCGAGAGAGAGAAAGUGCUUCUCGACUACCAGAAGAAAAAGAAAAUACCUAACAGUUGAGUGAUUCGUAUGGAUGGCAAAGGCCUUACCCGUAGCACUACUUGCAAUACCAAAUGAUUGAAAGAUUGUUACAUUUUGUACAUAUGAAUGUAUAGUCUUAUUUUUCCACUUUUACAACUUAAUGGUAGAUGCUGCUCUGGUUCCAAAAUUUACUUCAAGCUCUAUGGAAUGAGGUUAUUAUUUAAUAAAAAAUGAUUUUGAAUUUUGCUGUACCAUUUGAAUUUUAGUGGAUUCAAACAAUUGUUUUUUUGUUGUCAAUAUUUGGUCAUUUUCGUUACGAUAUAGGAAUAAUGUAUAGGUGUGGAUAGGUGGAUGUUAAGAACUAAAUAUUUAUUAUUACUUAAACUUUUCUU